CUCAUUAUUUACUAAACUGACACUCCUAAUGUCGGUCUUCAAUUUGGUCAUCUUUUUCAUAGUCGAUGAUUCUUCCCAAAGCUUGCUGCAACUGAUGUUCAUCGAUUGUGAUUAUUUAUUUUUAUUUUUUGUCUGCUCUGGAUUUUACCGAAUUAUUUUGAGUUGGGUCUUUAUUUUCCCUCAUGGGUACUGCUCCAACCCAGUGCCCUUCUGGAAUCACUGCAAAUUUUCACGCCAAAUUUGAUAGCAGAACUGAGUUUUCAUGCUCCAGUUUCCCCUCUACCCUUAAUCUUUCGAAGCUUAACAGCCACCCCACAUCAAAGGGAUUAGUAAAUAAAAUAGGCUCUUUGCCUGAUAUUGAUGAUUUGUUCUGGGAGAAAGCCCCUACACCUAUACUUGAUGUGGUUGAAAACCCCGCCCACUUGAAAAGCUUGAGUAUCAAGGAACUGAAAUUACUAGCAGAUGAAAUCCGUUUGGAAUUGUCUUCUACAAAGUCAAAAACUCAAAGAUCCUUCAAGGCCAGUUUGGCAGCAGUUGAGUUGACAGUCGCAUUACACUAUGUUUUUCAUGCUCCGGUGGACAAGAUACUCUGGGAUGCCGGGGAACAGACAUAUGCACAUAAAAUUCUUACAGGAAGGCGGAUCCUCAUGCCUACGUUGAGACAAAAGAAUGGUCUUUCUGGCUAUACUUCUCGAACUGAGAGUGAAUAUGAUCCUUUUGGGGCUGGGCAUGGGUGUAACAGUAUAUCUGCUGGACUUGGUAUGGCAGUAGCGCGGGAUAUUAAUGGCAAGCGGGAACGUGUAGUUACAGUAAUUAACAAUACCACAACUAUGGCUGGUCAGGUCUAUGAGGCCAUGAGCAAUGCUGGUUAUUUGGAUUCAAAUCUGGUUGUGAUCUUAAAUGACAGCCGCCAUUCUUUGCAUCCAAAGAUAGAAGAGGGCCCCAAGACAUCCAUCAAUGCUCUAUCCAGUACCCUUAGCAGGAUCCAAUCAAGUAAAUCUUUUCGUAAGUUUAGAGAAGCUGCUAAGGAUGUUACCAAAAGAAUCGGUAUGGGAAUGCAUGAACUAGCAGCCAAAGUUGAUGAGUAUGCACGUGGUAUGAUGGGUCCACUUGGAUCAACUCUCUUUGAAGAGCUUGGGCUGUAUUAUAUAGGUCCUGUUGAUGGACACAAAUUAGAAGAUCUGAUAUGUGUUCUACAAGAAGUGGCGUCUCUGGAUUCAAUGGGUCCAGUGUUGAUUCAUGUGAUAACAGAGGAAAAUCAAUGUUCAGAAGAUAACCAAAAGAAAGUGACAGUGGAGAAGCAGCAAGAAGGUUUAAGUCUGAAUGACAUUUACUCUUUCUCGAAUGAUGGCCAUUGCCGAACUUAUAGUGACUGCUUGGUGGAAGCUUUGGUUAUGGAGGCAGAGAAAGAAAAAGAUAUUGUAGUAGUUCAUGCUGGAACAGAAAUGGAUCCAUCACUUAGGUUAUUCCGAGAAAGAUUUUCCGACAGAUUUUUUGAUGUGGGAAUGGCUGAGCAACAUGCAGUUACAUUUUCUGCUGGUUUAUCAUGUGGAGGGUUGAAGCCAUUUUGUAUAAUUCCUUCUGCCUUCCUGCAGAGAGCUUACGAUCAGGUUGUCCAUGAUGUAGAUCGGCAGAGGAUUCCUGUGCGAUUUGUCAUUACGAGUGCAGGAUUGGUAGGAUCUGAUGGUCCGUUGCAGUGUGGGGCAUUUGAUAUAACUUUCAUGUCAUGUUUGCCAAACAUGAUUGUCAUGGCAGCAUCGGAUGAGGAUGAGCUGAUAGACAUGGUUGCCACUGCUACCAGGAUUGAUGAUCGGCCAGUCUGCUUUCGGUACCCAAGGGGUGCCCUAGUGAGGACAGACUAUCCUAUACAUGGUGGAAGUGCUCUUGAGAUUGGAACAGGAAAAGUUCUUGUUGAGGGUAAAGAUGUUGCUUUACUUGGGUAUGGGGCAAUGGUUCAAAACUGUCUCAAAGCUCAGGCCCUUCUUGCCAAGCUUGGCAUCAAUGUAACUGUUGCUGAUGCAAGGUUCUGCAAGCCUCUCGAUAUCAAGCUUCUCAGGUGGCUUUGUAGCAAUCAUGACAUUCUGAUAACCGUUGAGGAAGGUUCCGUUGGAGGAUUUAGUUCUCAUGUUGCGCAGUUCAUUGCGCUUGACGGACAGCUCGAUGGAAGACUCAAGUGGCGACCAAUUGUCUUGCCAGACAACUAUAUCGAGCAUGCAUCACCGAAAGAACAGCUUGCUCUUGCUGGGCUGACUGGACAUCACAUUGCUGCAACCACAUUGAGUCUCCUCGGACGUACCCGUGAAGCGUUACUUUUAAUUUGCUAGAAUGCUUUAUAGUUUUCCUUACUGGAUUGAUGAUGUACCUGAAGAGCGUGAGAAGGCUAAGCAAAGAAUGAACAGUGGAAUAGAAUAUUGUAGCAUUUUGAUGAUCCCUGUAAUUUGUAUAGAUGUUGAAGUGUGAAUUGUGAAGUUGACAGAGUAGUGGUGAAGAACCAGAAUUGAAGUGAAUGAAUUUUAUAGAAAAUUCUACCUCAA